UCAUCAUGUCUCUCAAGAAAGAAUUUGUUGCUGUUGAGAUGCGAGAUGCAUUUUUUACAGGUGGUUCUGUGCUGUCAAUCGGUUGCACCAGUGAGCUGAUCUGUCAAAAUGGCAGCGUGAUGAGUGUGCUGGAUAUUGAAUGUGAGCGAGUGGUAAGAGAUCUAGGAAAAUCAGACCAGGAAGACGGGACAGACCCUAUACUUUGCUUUGCUGUUAGUCCCGACGGCAAACGUGUUGUGGCCGCAUAUCGCUCAUUUCUUUUGAAGCAGUUUGAUGUUGAAAACGGAAAAUGUGAGAGACAAUGGAAGGCUUAUACGGGACCCGCCUCGUCUAUUGCAUUUGACUCGUCAUCCACUCUAGUAGCUAGUGGAUUUACUGACGGCUUAGUAAGGGUUUGGGAUUGUAUUCAAUGCUACUGGACUCACCAUCUCCGAGGUUCUCGUGGUCGAGUUUCUUUGUCUCAGUUUCAUCCCAUGCAAAUGAGACACAUGCUCUACACAGCUGCUGAUGAUUACGUUAUCAGAGCAUGGGAUCUGAAGUCAUCUCAGUGUAUAACUGUAUUUGAAGCUCAUUCGAGUUCUGUAACAGCAAUAUCUUUGUCGAUUUCAGGCAACAAGCUUGUUAGCAGUGGAAGAGACAAAAUGAUUCACAUUUGGAACACAAGAAAUGGCCAGCUGAAGAAUAGUAUUCCAGUUAUGGAACAGAUUGAGGCUUGUCUUGUGGUGCCUCACACAUUGCGUUUACCUGGAAUGGAUGCAGCUUGUCUCACUGAGCUGCAAUUUGUUGUCUGUGGAGAGAAUGGAAAGCUAUCUGUUUGGCAGUCAGAUGGAAAAUGUUUGUUUUCACAGCAAAGUUUAAAAGAUGGAGCAUUUGUUACACAACUUUUGCCUCUUUUGCAACAUGGCAAAAUAGUUACUGUGACUUUUGACCAUCGAAUUUUAGUUUGGAAUUUAGACUUCUCACUUUGUAAGCAGUUUGUCGGUUUCUCUGAUGAAAUCCUAGAUGUUGCUUGUGUUCAUAAUGGCCAACUCGCUGUGGUCUCCAAUAGCAACAAUGUUCGCAUAUCUUCGUUGGGUUCUCUCGGAGUAAAGCUUCUUACUGGUCACAGAGACACUGUCCUUGGAUUGGACGUGUCAAGAGAUGGUUCACUGAUAGCUACGUGCUCUAAGGACAACACAGUGAGAGUUUGGAAACUCAAUCAGUCAAUUGACUAUCUUUGCAUUGGUGAAGGUGUUGGUCACACUCGACCUGUUGGUUGUGUAAGUAUUUCUAAGUCUUGUUGGUUUUUGGUGAGUGGAUCAGAAGACUUCACAUUAAAACAUUGGGAUGCUAAGAGUCUAGAGAAACUACUUGAAAACUCACCAAAAAAGUUAGUAUGCAGUUGGACUCAGAAGGCUCAUGACAAGGCAAUUAAUACUGUAGCUGUUUCUCCCAACGACAAGUUGAUUGCAACUGGCUCUCAAGAUCGAACAGCCAAAGUAUGGAGUUCAACAGGCUCCUUGGUGAAUACACUACGAGGUCACAAACGUGGAGUAUGGUGUGUUUGCUUUUCUCCAGUUGAUAAGUGUCUUGCCACAUGUUCAGGAGAUAUGACGAUAAAAAUCUGGAGCUUGACUGAUGCUGUUUGUGUAAAAACAUUGGAAGGCCACUCUCAAUCAGUGCUACGAGUUCUAUUUAUUUCUAAUGGAAUGCAGUUAGUUUCUUGUGGCUCAGAUGGUUUAAUCAAACUGUGGAAUGUGAAAAACAACGAAUGUGUGGCUACAUUAGACAAACACAUAGGCAAAGUGUGGGCUUUAGCUGUCACGGAGGAUGGAGAUUUUGUAGUGUCCGGUGGAUCUGACUCUUUAUUGGUCGUGUGGAAAGACUGCACCAAGGAAAGUGAAGAUCAGAAGAGAAUGGACAUUGAAAUUGAGACACAGCAAGAACAAGAACUCAUUAAUCUGUUGCAAAAGAAAGAUUACAGUCAAGCUGUACGGCUGUCUUUGUCUCUCGGUCAACCUCGUAGACUCUUCUCUGUUGUGUCAUCGAUUGUUGACAGUUUGGAUGGUAAAACAGAACUAGCUAAAUUUGUUGGUUCAUUGGCGAAGGAUCAAUUAGACCAGUUGAUAUCAUACACAGUGACAUGGAACAUGAACUCAAAGAGCAGUCGAGUAUCUCAAUCACUCCUUCAUCUUAUCUUGUGCACUAUUAACCCAGACACUCUCAUGGAGUUGCCUUCGAUGAAGGGCAAUCUUGAAUCUUUGCUGCCAUAUACAGAGAGACACAUGUCUCGCACAGCUCGAAUGAUGCAGCAAGCAAUGUUUGUGGAUUAUACAUGGCAAAUGAUGAGAAGUGGGAUUGUGGAAAGUGUGUUUGCUGAAGGUGCUAUAGAACAAGGAAACGAAAUGAGCCAAUGGACUGAGGACGAUCAUGAUGAGCUAAUCACAGAAUCUAGGUGUGAUGAAGAGAAACAAGCCACUUCUGCUGUCCUUGGUGUUAGUAGCAAUGCAUCUGAAGUGAUUGGAAAAGAUACUACUGAUGAACAUCAAAAUACUGUAGCUAAGCUUACUAGAAAGAAAACCAGAAGAGCAAGAAAACAACAUGAUUACGAUACAAGCACAUGCACUGACUUUUCAUCUCUACAGAAAUCAAAACGGCUUCGCAUCAAAACUGAUGACUAACAAGCUAAUUACAACAGUGUCACGAUUGACAGUCACUUGCAGCUUGCUGCUAAUUUGUUUCACGUUUUACUAGUCUAGUUCAUGAAUGGAAUGCACCUGCUCUUGUUUACGUACACUAGUGUCUAAAUUGUAUAUGAGAAUAACUUAGUGGGAUGUCCGUUUGUUGUGCGUACGGUUUGUCGAAUUGGGGGCUGCUUACAG